UUUUCACCCAGCAAAGACAUCAUCGCCAACAGCGUCACCAUGGCCACACAGUCAGCAAUCAUCUGGCCACUCGAAUUCACCCCAGGCGAGACAGAUAAUUAUGUGUCUAACGAGGUCAUCGCAAAGGGAAUCACCGCUGUACAAAUAUGGGCGCUCCUGGACAACAUCAAGAAGUGGGAGUCAUACUAUCUCAACUGCGGUCAAAUCACUGCGCCCGAGUCAGGGCCCAUGCUCAAAAAGGGCGACGUCUUUCGGUUUGCCACCUUUGGCUUCCCGCCGCUGACAUGCUCCGUCAAGGAAUCCGUGAUGCCGGGCCCGGGUACAGCGGGACGGCUUGCGUGGAGCGCCGACGCGGGAGAAGGGGGUGCGGUCUAUCACGCGUGGCUAGUUGAGGACUUGGAAGGGAGCAGGGUGAGAAUCCUGACGCAGGAGAGUCAGAUCGGGUCGAUCUUUCGAGAGUGGGCGGGGGCAGUGCCCAACAAGAUGUUGCUGGGACACCAGGACUGGCUGGAUGGGCUCGUCAAGGCGGUAAGAGGGCAGGAGGUGAGCGAGACGAACUUGAAGAGCGUUGGAUUUUCCCCGAGGAGUUGAGCCCGCAAGUUCUUCACACACGCGAACACUGAUUGGAACAUGUUGGUUACAUUGCGCAUCCCUUCAAUCCUACGCUCAUUUCAA